AUGAGUGUUGAAAUUCCUGGUACUAUUGAAAGGAUUGAGUUAGAAAAUUUCAUGUGCCAUAAACAUCUUAUUUUAGAAUUGUCUCCACAAGUCAAUUUUAUUGUAGGAGAAAAUGGUAGUGGUAAAUCAGCCAUUUUAGUAGCUCUUGCUAUUUGUUUUGGUGCAAAAGCACAAUUUACCAAUAGAGGAAAACGAGCUUCUGAUGUUAUAAAAACUGGAGAGAGUUAUUGUAAAAUUAUAGUUUAUUUAAGAAAUAGAGGAGAAAAUUCAUUAAAUCAUGACAAAUAUGGAGACACAGUUAUUAUUGAAAGAAAAAUUACUAAAGAAGGUGGAAAUACAUAUAAAGUAUCUGUAUUAUUUAUGGGAGAAAAACCUAUUACUAUAGGUAAGAAAGCUUCAGAUGUUACAGAAGUAUUAGACUAUUUUAAUAUACCAAUAGACAACCCAUGUAUUCUUCUUAUGCAAGAAACUUCUAAGUCAUUUCUUACUGCAACUAGAGGAGAAGAUAAAUACAAUUUUUUUCUUCAAGCAACACAAUUAGACAUUAUUAAAGAAAGUUAUAAACAAGCUGAAGAAUUAAGGAAGAAAGCAAAACAAACAGAAGAAGCAAAAAAGUUGGUUAUACCUGAAAUGAAAAGAACAGUUGAAUUACUUGAAGAUAAAUUAAAAGACGCUCAAGGGAUUCAACAAUUAAAAAAAAGAAUUGAAGAAUUAGAAUGUGAAGAAAAGUGGGCUAUUGUACGUGACGAAAUAAACAAAGUUAAACAAUUAGAACAUGAGUGUAGUUCAUUAGAAGAGAAAAUUAAUGAAUUGAGUCAUAGUUUUAUUGAACAAAAAAUUGAAAUGGUUGAAGAACAAAUACAACAAGGACAAAAAGAAAUUAAAUGUCUUGAAAAUGAAAUCAAACAACUUGAAAUUCAAAAGAAAGAACAAAAUGAAUUAAAUAAAAUUAAAAGAAAAGAAUUAGAAGAAUGUAAAACGGAAAUAAAUGAUGCUAAAGAUCGCUUAAAAAUAAGUCAACGUCGUUUACAAUUAUUAAGAGAUACAUUAGAAGAAUCAAAGAGUCAUGACGCAAGAGAUAAUGAAUUAGCUAAACAAGAUAAAGCAGAUAAAAUUAAAAGUGCAGAGAAUGAAAUUAAAAAAUGUCUUAAUAGAGAAGAAAAUCUUAAAAUUGAAAUAAAGCCAUUACAAGAAAAACUUGAAGAAAAAGGAAGAAUAUUUGGAGGAUAUGAUGAUGAUGUUAAACAAUUAAGAAGAAAAUUGGAAGAAUUUAAUAUAGAAAAAAUAAAAUUAAAAGAUGAACAAAAAGAUGCAUUAACAAAAUAUCAUAAAAAUAUGCCCCAGUUUGUUAAAAUGAUUCAACAAACAACUUUUGAGUAUGAGGUCUUUGGACCUAUUGGAGAGUUUAUUAGAUUAAAAGAUAAUAAAUGGAAUCAUGCAACAGAAAAUGCUAUUAAAAGAAGUAAUUUAGCAUCUUUUAUUGUUAGAAGUGAAAAUGAUAAAAAAAAGUUAAGAGAUAUUGGUAAAAGAUGUGAAUUUGAUGUACAAAUUUAUGUAUAUUCAAUUAAAUUUGGGGAUAAAAGAUAUUUAGUAAAUCAAAGAAAUUAUCCAACACUAAUUGAACAAUUAGAAAUUGAAAAGAACAUUAUAUUUAAUAUACUUGUUGAUCAUACCAAUAUAGAUACUAUUGCUAUAGCAAUUGAUAGAACCCAAGGAAAAAAAUUAUUUGUAUUAGAAAACUAUCCAAAAAUUGUUUAUUUACAAAAUGGAAGUUAUUUACAACGGUCUGGAAGAACAGAGGCUUAUUUUCCAUAUAAAAUUCCUACAAGAACUAUUUAUGGGGGUAAAAACAUUGAUAUAUUAUUAAAUGACUUACUAAAACAAACACAUCAAGUUUCUUUAGACUUAAAUGGAAAAGAAGAACUUAGAAAUACUGUUGAAAGAGAAAAGAAUGAAGUAAAUAAAUCUAUUGGUGAAGUUAGAAGAAAAAUUAGAGAAGCAGAACGUGAAACAAGAAUGGCCCAAAGUAAAAAAAGAGAUGCUGAAAAUAUUAUUAUUAAAGAACCAGAAAAUAUUGAAGAAUUAGAGAAUAAUUGUAUUAAAUUACAAGAAAAUAUUUACACUAUUACAAAAGAAAUAGAAGAAAAGAAUGAAAGAAGAAGAGAAUUAGAAAGUCAAAAUGAAAAUAUUACUGAACACUUUAAUAGUUAUAUAAAACAAUUUAAAAAUAAAGAAAAAGAAAUUAAUGAUAUUAAAACAAAUCAAUAUAAACUCAUGAGCCAAAGAGAUGAAUUAAAAAUUGAACAAAGUAAUAUAGAAAUCAAAACAAAACAACUUAAAUCUUUAUUAGAACAAAAAAAUGAACAAUUAUUAAAUGAAAAAAUCUUCAUUGAAAAAGUAAAAAAUGAAGCAGAUGAAUAUAAAUUCAUUGACACUUUACGUGAUAUUAAAGUUAUUCAACAAGAAAAAGAAAAAUGUGAAAAAAAAGAACAAGAAAUGAAUAGUGAACAAAUAGAUUAUGAUUUAAUAGAAAAAGAAUAUAUAAGGAAAAAAGGUCAUUUAGAAGAUAUUGAAACACAAUUAAAACAAAUACAACAACUUUGUGACACUCUUGAAAAAGAACUUAAAAAAAGAAAAAAUAAAUAUGGGCAAUUACUUAAAAUUACUUCAAUAAAAACAAUGGAUUAUUUUAAUUUAUUAUUAAAAAAAAAACCAGGGUGUAGUGGUAAAAUUCGAUUAGAUCAUUCUAAAAAAAUUCUCGAUGUUGAAGUAUCUAUGGAAACUAACCAAAAAGGAAGAGAUGUUAAAACGUUGUCUGGUGGAGAAAGAAGUUUUUCUACAGUUUGUUUAUUGUUAUCACUGUGGAAUGUUGUUGAUUGUCCUUUUAGAGCAAUGGAUGAGUUUGAUGUUUAUAUGGAUUCUGUAGCAAGAAAAGUAGCUAUUCAAGCAUUAAUGGAAUCAACACAAUCAUCUAAUAAAAGGCAAUACAUUUUUAUUACACCACAUAAUCUUGAUGGAGUUAUAUCAACAGAUUCUGUUAAAGUAUUUAUGAUGAAACAACCAGACAGAUAA